AUGCCGCUCUCGGACGUUCCCGACGUCGAAAUCGAUCCUAAGGGUGUCUUCAAAUAUAUUCUCAUAAAGGUCAGGGUCUCCUCGACACGGCUUUUUGAGAAGGUCCUUUUUGAGGUGACGGACAAGGCAACGGAUGAAAAUAAGUUCAUUGUACGUGGGGACCAUCGCCACACCUUCCACGCAGACAUAUUUGAUGCUACAAAGGUGGUUUCACAUGAAGACGUCUUAUUUUUUUCCAUUCCAGGAAGCCACGCCAAAAGAUUUCAAGUUGAAGUGUGUAGGUGGCGGCAGAAUCAACCACGAGGAUUCUAAAAAGGAUAUUCUGGUGUAUGGCUACUCCCAGGUUGAAGAAAAACCGAAGUCUGUUUCACUAUUCUGUUAUUCAGGGCUACGGACAAGCUGAUCACACCAUUUCCGUAGAGCUGCUCAAAAAGGCCUACCCUGACUACAACGUACACUUCUCAAACGAUGGAUAUUAA